GACGCAUGCGCGGCGGCGCCGCUGUCAGUUCCGGCUGUUUGUUCGGGAAGUGGAUCCGGGCCCGCCGCCGUCCCCUCCCCCCUUCUCCCUCCCUCCCGCCGCGCUCCCGCCGCUCCCGGCCAUGGCCCGGGAUUACGACCACCUCUUCAAGCUGCUCAUCAUCGGCGACAGCGGUGUGGGCAAGAGCAGCUUGCUAUUGCGUUUUGCAGAUAACACGUUCUCAGGCAGCUACAUUACCACAAUUGGAGUGGAUUUUAAAAUCCGGACAGUUGAGAUCAAUGGAGAGAAAGUGAAGCUACAGAUCUGGGACACGGCUGGACAGGAGCGCUUCCGAACUAUUACGUCAACGUAUUACAGAGGAACACAUGGAGUCAUUGUUGUCUAUGAUGUAACCAGUGCAGAAUCUUUUGUGAAUGUAAAACGGUGGUUGCAUGAAAUUAAUCAGAAUUGUGAUGAUGUCUGCCGGAUACUAGUGGGGAAUAAGAAUGAUGACCCAGAGCGAAAAGUAGUAGAAACAGAAGAUGCCUAUAAAUUUGCUGGGCAGAUGGAGAUCCAAUUGUUUGAGACCAGCGCCAAAGAAAAUAUUAAUGUGGAAGAGAUGUUUAAUUGCAUUACAGAGCUAGUUCUGCGAGCGAAGAAAGAAAACUUAGCAAAGCAGCAACAGCAGCAACAGAAUGAUGUGGUGAAGCUAACGAAGAACAGUAAAAGGAAGAAGCGGUGCUGCUAAUGCCCUUUCCCUGCUGCAGAGACUCUGCUCUGACAGAUCAGCCCUUCCAGCUAGACUCGGGCAAUUCCACUGGGGCAGGCUUUGGGAGGACUUUCUCAGUUUUGUGCCGUUAUUUAAAGAUUAUUUUUUUUCCUCCAUGUUUUCUAUCAAGAGGCGCUGGCACCUUACCACUUCAGUGCCAAGAAGGUAUCGGAUGGAAUCUUGCCCCUCUCUCCUCCCCUGCUCAUUCCAGUGCGCCUUGUAGACAAGAAAGGACGUUGCCUACCAAGUGGACUAAUUAACCCAAGAGUUUGUAUAUAAUGUAUAUUGCUUUAACCAGCCUCGCCUCCCUGUUGUUGCUUUGGCUUAUGCCUUCUUAAUGUCAACCAAUCAUGGACUGCAGAGUUCACCUUUUUAAUGAAAUAGUACAAAGUUCUUAAUUCAAGUUGGCCUCAGGCUGGCAGCAACUGCUUCCUGGGGCCUCUGGCUUCACUUCUGUUGGGCUCCAGGCUGGCAACUGGUGCCCCUGGAGCCUAUGGCUUCACUUAGAGUUCCAGGCUUUUACUUGGGGCUCAUGCUUUCUUUUUCUAGGUACCGGGAUUGCAGGUGUUGUUGCUGAAGCCUGGGGUUUCACUUCUCAAGCCCCUGGGCUGGCAGCUGGUGCUGCUUCUGGGGCCUUGAAUUUCAGUUUGCCAUGAUCCAGGUUUGUGGCUGUGUCCUUGGGUUUCAUCUUCUUGUGCUGCAGCCCGGCUGUACCCAUGCUCUCCUUCCGUUAGUAUCAAGAUACUGAAAAACAAACCAGCCCGCAGAAGUGGGAUUUAUUUGGAUAAAACAUUUUUUUUAAGGGCGAAAUUAAUCUCCUUUGACCUCUGCUUCUGGUUCUGCCAUGGUCCUAAGUAAGGGUCCAUUUCUUUUGAGAACAAAAAUUGUGUGAUUCUGCCAAAAAAAAAAAACCCAAAACCAACAAUAUCCCUUUCUCCUCAUUGUCCUGUCAACAAAUAGAAGAGCUGAACAUGAAUGUGAAUUUUGGUGGCAAAGCUGUGUUUUUCAGUGAGAAAAGGUAUGGAAAUAAAUCUAGCCGUUCUGGAUUGAUGUCUGAAAAUGAAAGCUGCUGCAGGAUCGUUCCCAGGACUCUUCUGUUAGAAAGGAGGACUGCUCUUUAAUGUAAGGAAAUGGAAAACUUGCUUGGAGGAUCACCCUUGGAGACAAACUGGUCUUGCUGUGCCCAGCAAUGUUUUCCUUGCCCAUGUUGGCUUUUCUGGGAAAACAAGGGCUCAGUCUGUUGCCCUGGAUAGAUAUAGUUAAAGGUGGAGAGAUUGUUUGUGUAACUGAAGUAUUAGAUUUCUGGGCUGAAUGUACGUGCUCAGCACCUGAAUAAUUGCCUAAAUAGUAAUAAUUAAGAAUUUUCUUUAAGAUGACGAAAAGGCGUGGAAGAUAUGAUUUCCUUUAAGACCUUGAAGGUGGACUUACUCAAUUUGUCAGUGAGCCCAAUGGAGUUGGUGGCCUUGGUUGGGUAGGAUGUGAUUCACCAAUGUCCAUGAGCUCUGAAUCAGCCCUCCUCUCUCCCUUCCUCCCCCUUUCCCCAGGAGAGGCUAAAAUUUAGUCACUUAUUUUGCCUGUAUUUUUUUUUUUUUUUUAAGAUUUUAUGGGUUGUGGUAAGAGCCCUAAUCAUACAAUCACAUCACGAUCAAUCACUUUGGAGACUUUUUUU